AACUCCUAUUAUAAACAUAACAUGUAUACUAUUUGAAGGGUGUGCAGUUACGAUAUCUGAGCAUAAAAGUUUAUCUCUGAGGGGGGGAUAAAAACGCCGUAUUUGAAGCGCGAGCCUCCCAUUUCAACAUGAAACUCGCCGCUGCUGACGUCAUCCAGCCAUCUUUGUGCCCCUAAUCCAAGCGGCUGUUUAUUACACCUUCAUUACCGCACAGACCGGGUUCCACAGCCUACAGGUGCCGCAUCGCCAGGAAGAAAACACAGAGAGAAAAGUCUUUUUUUUGCUCUUUUAUUUUUUUUCUGUAACGUGGAGAGACAUUCAGCGCUGCUCAUAGGACAGAGGCAGGGAAAAAACGCCACAAUAACCAACCAAAGGCUGCCAGAGGACAGAGAGGAGCGCAGAAGGCAAUCCACAUCCAUCUGCCAGCCACUUAGAGCGCGCUCACAUCUUCACUCCGGAUUUCAGUUGCAGCUGUCGAGCUAAUACCGCCAGGAACAUGUCUGCCCCAGCUGGAGCCCCUGCACCAGAGGGAGGGAAUCAGCCCCCUCCCAAUCUCACCAGCAACCGCCGUCUGCAGCAGACACAGGCACAGGUGGAUGAGGUGGUGGAUAUUAUGCGUGUAAACGUGGACAAGGUUCUGGAGCGUGAUCAGAAGCUGUCAGAGCUGGACGACAGGGCUGAUGCCCUGCAGGCUGGAGCCUCUCAGUUUGAGACUAGCGCUGCAAAACUGAAGAAUAAAUACUGGUGGAAGAAUGCCAAGAUGAUGAUUAUCCUGGGUGUGAUAUGUGUGAUUGUCCUCAUUGUCAUUAUUGUGUACUUCAGCACCUAAGAAGAGUCGCUCCUACCCCAGUCUGACCCAAGCUUCCCUACUACAGAAGAAAAAACCCUCUAAUUGAUGACAAAAUUAACCACAGAUUAAUUGAUUUAUUGUAUGUACGUAUAUCUCCCCCCAGCUAGCCUCGAUAUAACACCCCUCAACCCUUCAAGGCCCCAUUCCCACCCAUAGUUCCACAGCCUUGCCUCUGGAUCCCAGUCCAUAUUCGUCCUGUGAGUGUGUGGCCCUUUCUUCUCUUGUUACUUCUGGCUCUUUCAACCUUAACAUACUGGGAACUAAACCCCCUUUGACGAUGCAACAACGGAAACCUUAACAAAAAUUGGCGAUACCUGUUACAAAGGUGAUAUUUCUUUGUAGAGUUUUAUUCUGAUAUAUAUCUGAUAUACUGUUUUGUAGGCGCGCGUGUGUGUGUUUGGGUGUGCUUUUUGUACUUUUUAAUUUUUUUUGUAUUUAUUUGACGUAUGCUUUAACGUUGACUACUGCCUAUUAAUGAAAGUGUGCGUCUUGCAUGUUCUCAUUGCCCCUUACUCCCCCCCGAUUCUUCUUCUCGCUUUUUUGACGUACAAUUAGCCUUCAUAGUUAAUUCCUACAAAAAACGGUCUAGAUUUUUUUUCUCUUCUGGCGUUUUGCCACACUCAUUACGGUCAGGAAGUCAUGCAUGAUUUGUGCGAAUAAUCUUUAUUCUUCCAACCUCAUGAAACUUAGCUCCUUUUAUCUGAGAUGGAUUCUUAAAUAUGACCAUCCAAAGUGUCUUUUGGCGCCAUCUUGUUUUCUCAGCAUGCUUCCCUUGAACAACUUUAAACUGCCAUAGUACGGACGGACCGAUGUCUGUAGGUGAUUCUUCUUUAUUUAUUUUUUUUAUUUAUUUAACAAUUACGUAGUGUCUUAUUUCGAAAACAUUCCUUCAUUGCAGUCUAGUGCAGAUGCUCUUACUGUGGCACAUGGAAGUGCGAGUACCUUAAAAAUACAAGCGAUGAAGCGUGCGUCAGUAACAGUCAUGCAAACAAUAGGGGAAAGUCAGUAUGCUGCUUAGGUGUAAGGAUAUAUUUGUUGCAUAGUCUGGAUAUAACAUUAACUUUACACUUAUACAAAAAUGCGUUCGGAUGCAUUGGUACGUAAUGGGUAAUUUUGGAUUGGAAAUGGAUCAAUCAUUACGGGGAUAGAAUGGUUCUGUUGCUUGAACUGAUUCCAUAAAGCCAACGCUGGUCUGCCAUCUGAACACUGAAAAGCCUUGGUUCCCAGUCACUUUCAGUGAACUUUCAGUGCAGGGCACCCUUUGCACUCGUAGGAGAAUUGGCUGACGGCGGCAAACUCUUUAGAAUUUGCACAAGCAUCCUUGUUUUCGACGGUGCCGUCUGGCUGUUCAGCCUGGCCAAAGGGAACCCCGGUGCAGCAGAACUUCUCCACGUUAAGAGCACAUUUGGAAAAUAAAAAAAAGUGGGACAUUAAUAUCGAAGAAACAAUCUUCGAAAGAAGUAACUCAAAACAAAAAGAAUCGUAGCAUUCCUAGGACUAGUGUUUUGCUAGCGCUGUGGUUCUGUCUUAGUGUCUCUUCUUCUAGUUAAGGCCUUUUUUUUUCAUUUUUUUUUUAGAUAUAAUAGAUUCUAUUUUUUAUCAUAGUAUAUUUUUGUGUGGAACAGAAGAAGUAAAGAGGACACAAAGUUCUAACAGCAAAGCUCCUCUUUACUUCUGUCUGCUGUGUUUUUGUAGUUCAGCUCUGCGUUACACACUGCCAAGCAUUAAAGGAAAAAGACUUCUUUUCCUUAUUGCGGUUAUUUCUUUCAUUUGUGCACUCACUGGUUUGGUGUUAGAGUAUCUUCAAACCACUUUUUUAAUCAUUACUGUCAUUGUUAUGGUGGCACGUUUUUGUAUGCAUGAUAGCUGAUAUUUGAUGAGUAAAAGAGAGGGCAAAUUUACAGGACCUAAUUUUUUUUACAACCUUCCAAAGCUGUGUCAAACUAAAGAGUUUGCCAUGUGCUGUUGGGGGGAUGUAUGAGAAAUUUCCUAAAGCUACCAAAACCAUUGAUUAUUAAUGUGAAAAUUUUUCCCAAAAAGAGAAGAAUAUUAAUGCCUAAAAUUUCUAUUUGGCUGCAGUACAAUGAAAGCUCUUAAAUUAAUCUAUUAAAAUGUAGUUUUUAAUGUUACCCUGUCUCUUUUACCCUUCUGCCAGCUACGUGGUGAAUCUGCCCACCUUUCUUAACUCCUUCUUUGUAUUUGUGUGAGUGUGAGUGUGUGCAUGUUUGUGUUAGAAUAGCUCCACCUCGGGACCCCCCCCCACUCGUUUAUCCCAACGGAUUUAGGCCGCUUAACUCACAGAGUGAGGGCAUGUCAGUUUUUCUUCACCUCUGAAGUACACACACAACAAGGCUGUAGAUCUGUUAACCGUAAUAGAAAACCCCACAUCCUGUUGCUCCUCAGAGAGGAGCAAACGUAAAACUACCAAAGACCAAAUUUCCGUGCUAACGCUGCCUAUACUCAUCACAAACAAGCGGAAGGAAACAGGUUGCCCGAGCUAUCCUGGUCAGAUUCAAAUAGCUUCUAUCUUAUUAGACUUUGUAGACAAUUUAUAGGGUCAAGUUUGACUCUUGAAUGGGCGAUCCUGAAAUAUGCAAGUUAAAAACGUUGAAAAGAAACUCCCCCUGCCAUGUGGAUCCACGUCCCUGGAGCUUCUUUCAAUCUGUACAAAGUUAGUAGACACACAACCUUGUAACUUAUUAUAGCACAAGUCUUCUCCCUUUUUUGUCUGCGUAGUGUUGCUGGGUUUUAAAAUAUGUAAACUACUUAUAGAUAUCAGAAAACUGAGAAAAACAACCUGCAUUGUUUAGUGGUGUAACAUUGGGGGUUUUGGGGGGGAGGGGGUAAUAUAUCCUCAGGUUUAAGUUGUUGCAAUUUACCAAAAUAAAUAUGGGGACAAAAUAUACACUUAACAAAGCUGUAAAAAUUGGAUUCCUUUGGCAAUAUUAAGUGAUUAAAGGGUUAAAAAUGUUGUCCUUUUAGCCAUUUGUACAGGACGUAACCACACAGCGGGCUCUGAGGUGAAAUAACACUACUGAUUGGGGUAGGACUUGUGUGUUUCCAUAAAUCCAACUGUUGUCCUGUGAGUGCUCAACCAGUUUGGUCACAAUGGUGAAAAUGAGUGAGUGCUCUCUCUAUUUCUCUAUGUUUCCUGUUUGUUUUCUUUUUAUUUAUUUGCUUUAUUGUCUGUGUGAAAACCAACACAUGCAAAUGUUUUUUUUGUUUUUUUUUUUUAACAGCGCAGAACUUUUUGUUUCGCUGUAAUUCUCUUGUUUUGUCGGGAUGGCGUAGUGGGAGAAAAUGCGAUCUCGCGUCUGUGCCAGGAACCCUUCAGUGACCUCAAGGCCACGUUCAGGUCGUUUGUCCAGAAUGCAUGCACGCUGACCAGAGAAAGAGCUGAACGCGGCAACAGGAGGGAACCUUUUGAGUCACUGAAAGUUUUCUGGGUGGAUUUUUUUUUUCUUUUGGAACCAAAUAUUCCUUUUUUUUAACUUUAUCAUUUGUUAGGUAAUAACUCCAGAUGUCACUGAAUUGUUUGUUGUCAGCACUGAUGGGUCAAGCUAAAGAAAAUGGGAAGCUGAUGUAAGAAGAAAUAUUUUUUGUGUGAAGGAUUCUACAGUUCACAUCAGAUUGCUGUUUGUUUCGACAAGAUAUAUUAUUUUUGGUUUAAAUCAACUCAUCUGUAAGAGAUGGUUUCUUUAUUUGUUUUUCUCCUUUGAAAGCAGGAUCACAGAGAUGAAAGCACACAUUGCCCCUGGCGACUGGCCUUUACAGGAGGGACAGGCCUGGAGGAUCAUGGGCAAUGUGCUUAUUGUGAUUUUUUUUUUUCCUUUGUUCUUUAAGCUUUUAUUUAUUGAUAGUUGUAUCGUGCCGUCUUUUGGUUCGGGAUUACAGUCUAAACAAGGUCGAUUAACACAAAAGGAGAGGAGACUGAGUGGGAAAAGUACAUGAAAUAAUUGUAGUGUAAAUCUAUCAAUGUCUUAUUAUAUUGAUGAACAUCAUGAAAUAUAUGUAUAUUGGAAAAAACAGUAUCUAUGACAAAUUGUACUUUUGUGUGUGAUUCAUGUGCUUUGUGGGUGUGAAGCAAGGAGAUAAUGUCAUUUGGACUGCCAUUCUGGGACCUGUGUGAAUUAGCAUAAAUUUACUACCAAUACAAAGAUGGACCUUUUCUCUAAUUGAUCCCUAUUAUGUGUUAAGUGUGCCAAAACAAAUACAUGGAGACCUGGAGCCAUAGACUACCCGUUUUUGCGUCCGUCCAGAGUCCUUGUGUAUAGUGUGUUACCAUCACACAACAGACAAACAAAAGACUGAGGACCAUCCAGACACACAAAUGGUUAAAAAGCACCAACUCCCCUCAAAGUCACCUAUCAUUUUACAAAAGAUAUGAAGGAUCAUAAUGUUCUGUUAACAAGCAAAACAUCUAUCAUC